AUGAAUAAUCGUAUACGAGAAUUACAACAAAAUCUUAUUGAAAUUGAACAACAUAUUGAUAAAAUUCAAACUAAAAUUAAUAAUUAUCAACAAAUAUCAAUAGAACAUUUAACAGAAAUCGGUACAAUUAAAAUUGCUAUUGAAUCAAUGUUUGAUUUAGUAAAAAGAUAUAGUCAUCGUUGUAGAAAAAAAAAAGAUUUAAAUCUUGAUAAAUAUACACAAAUGAAUGAUAAUCAAUGUUUAUUUAUUAAAUUAAAAUAA